CCCGCCCUCCUUUUUAAGACCACUCUCUCUCGAGGCCAAAUCUUUGGACCGACUGCUCUGAAUUCAAGUGCGGGCAGGAGGAACCACGUACUGAAGAUUGCACUGCAAACCCGAAAAAGUCCGGAGGGUUUUACGCGGCGCCGCCAGUGCAGUGCUGGCCGGGAAUGCGCUGGAAAGAUGUCCCACAGCUGCAGCUGCUGCUGCUGACACACUGACAGACGACACGCGCCACGUCACUGCGGUACCUGUUGUCGUGGUUGGCAAGGCAACCGUUCCAGGUGACAGUCCGGUCGGUUAUCCAGCUUCAUAACCCCCCUCCUCUCAAUGCAACUUUUCUUUUUUAGUAAAUCCCAAUCGGACGUUCCCUUCUCGGUGAUCGCCAUCCUUCCCCCACCCCCUUCACCGUUUCCUCCUCCAGCAACAGGUGCGGGUCGGCCUCCUUUAUUCCUCCUCUUCCCCCCCCCUCCCUCCCUCCCCGAGCUCACAUCUCUCGGCUCCCUCUCCGCGCAGGAAGAGCUCGAGACCAACGGAAGGGCACGUGCGGUCUGACGAAGGGGGGGUCGGCCGAAGCAGCUCGAGCUCUUGUUGCGGGAUCGUGCCGCACCUGGCGGAGGCGGAGCGACUGGUCGCGUGGGAGGUGCUCGAGCGAGGAGGGGGAUGGCGGAGGUGAAGGGCGUCGCUCAAACUGGGAUCUCUCCAAUAAUCAUGGAUACCACCAGGAAGGUGCCAGUAAUUCGCAAAUCCCUCAAACCAGCAAGACCAUUACAUCGUUUAUCUACUGAACUAGAUUCUGCUGUCUGUAUUGAUUACCUACCACCAGUUUUACAUCAAAAUGAAGUUUCAUGGAGUGAAGAGAACUGGACCAUUUCAAGUGGAUAUGCACAACGGGAAACCAAGUGGAGUGAUGUUCCAACCUUUAGAAGCAAGCAAGAUCUUAAAGGACAGGAACGACCAAUAGAAAGACGUCAUUCUGGUCAGGGAGAUGGCACAAAGAAGGAUGCAGAGAGGAUUACUUACAGCAGAGAAUUCCUGAUGAAAAUUGCUAGCCUGCCUAUUUCAAAAGAGAAACCAGAGUUUUUGCCAUCUCUUCCUGUUGUAUUAGAGAGGCCAAGAGAGAGGUUGUAUGGAAGUGGACGGGGUUUAUGUUUUGCUUACCAAAAGAUGGCUACCAAUCAUCAUGGAAUUGCUGGCUGAUAGACAGUUGCAAAUCAAGUCCUGAACUCACUUGGAAGGUGCUUAUAUUCUGUUUAAUAUUUCUAAACAUAUCUACUGGACUUUUGGAUCUUUAUGGGAAGAACUCAUCCAACUUUACUCAACAACUGGAAGAUUUUCUUUUUUCAGUGAUGAGGUUCAUGAUUAAUUUCUUUUGAUUCUAAUUAAUCAAGAUGAAGUACCACAUUUGUAAAACAGCACUUUUGGUAGAGUUUGUGCACUUGAAAUAAAUUGAAAAUGGGUUAACAAAUUUUUUUUAUGUAGCAAAUGAAAUACAUAGAAAGGACAAUAUUGUAACUCUGGCUCUCUCUUUUGAGGGAUAGUUAUUGGAUCAGUUACCACAGAGACCAUUUCACAUUCUGGAGGCAACAUGAUAUCCAGAGGCCAAGCAUAAAAAGACAGAUUUUUAAAAAAUCAUUAUGUUUAACAUUUUAAUCUAGACACCUUGUCCGAAACAAAGUCUUCAGUUCUGUGUUUUUCACCUGCAAUGUGUAUUACCUACAAGUGAAGCGACUAGAUUAGAUUACAUAGCUCUGACAAAGUCAUUUUCCUCUUUGAUGUUCUCUUAUAUGUACAAGGCUGGGACUAUCCCAGUUAUCAAUGAGUGAUAUCAAAGAUACAUUCCUUUUAAGAAAGUACGGAAUCAUAUUAUGUUAUCCUUCCUGUGCUAUAGAGAUUUUGAUUUCUGAGCAGUUCAGCUUUUAGAAAAAUCAUUUUUGCCGAACUGUUGUUUCCAGCAACCACUCUUCUGGCAUUAUUGGGAUUAAGAGUAGGUGAGACAGGAUGGAUUUUACACUUCCAAGUUGGAAGAUCAUUCUACAUCUUUUAUGUGUAAAUGAGCAUGUAACCAGAAAUUGGACCUGCUUAUCUCAACUGUCAACCCAUAUGUAACAUUAGACUAAACAGCAGGUCAUAAUAGGUGUAAAUAUCAAUGAGAGCUACUACAUGUACAUGUUUUACAACGUAGUCUCUUUAGAAUUUGCCUUGUGGCCCUGAGCUUAAAAGAUUUGAACCACACACUGCCAACUAGCAGAAGUGCAUUAAGAACCACGAAAAUAAUUUUCCAAAUUUAGAAAUAGUAAGUUAUACUUUAGUACUUUAGUUUAUUGUACAAAAUAUCCAUAUAGAAAGUUAUGAUUUUCUUAUUAUUCAGUGUUAAUUUUGUGCUCUACUUCAUGAGCAUAUGGAGAAUGAAAAUGUGUUGAUAAUAGCCAGUGGUAACUCAGACUGCUUACAGCUUUAUUAUCAAGUCAGAUGGUAUUAUUCACAAGCUUUGAAUUCUUUAAAUCUUCUGGCUGGCAGCAGAAAAGUGGUCAUUUUUUGCUUCAAGAAGUUUACAUUUUAAACUCAGCUUAAAAUCCCUCAUGUAGGCUAAGAUCUUAAGGUAUGUGGUAUUAAACAUAUGUGUAAACAAUCUUGAUUGAGAAUUAAACUGCCUACAAAAUUAUCAUAGCUAGUAGCCCAGCUACCAAAGCAAGUAUAGGUUUAAACUUUAAACUUCAGUCACUGCAUAGAACAAAGGACUGAAAAGGGGUUGAUGACAAAUCUGUGAUGCUCUCUGGUGGGACCUUAAUUGAAUGGUAAAUUAAUUGUUUUGUGCGUUCUGUGUUUUCCAUAAGUUCUUUGUAGAAUCCUAUUGUCGAAAUUGGCUUAAGAUCCAUCAGUGUGCCUUUGGAACUGGAGCAAAAACUUUAAAACUUUUGAUGAAGGGUUCACUCAUUUGGUUAUAUUUUGGCCUGUUGAAUAAAUCCUGAUAUGUACCUUUGAUUUUCUUCAGUCUGCUUCCUGCACCAGUAAUUGAUCCAAUAUGCAUCCACUAACAGUGGAUAAUGAUUAAAUUCAUUACACUUCUGUAACCCAUCUCACCCCCUAAAAUUGUUAGGAACACUAAUAAUACCUCUGAAUUACAGAUGUUUACCACAUAUGUCACAACUGCUUUCCCAGAAUAAUUAUUUCAAACAUCCAGGUGGUUUAAGUUUCCUCAUUGUGGCAUUCUUUAGGUUACUAUGAAUUUAAGGUCUCACUUUCAUUAUUCUAUCCAAUAGUGUAAGUACAUGUUUUGACCAAUACCUUCUGUAAUUUUUGUAAAAAAUAGUUCUAAAUUUAUCUUUAACUAGUUUGACCGUGUGCUCUUUCUCUUCCUUUCAUAUUUUACUUUAAUUAAUUUUCUAUAUUUACAUUUUCAUACUAUUUGACAUCUUAUUUUCCUUCCGUAAGAUCUCAUAAUACAUCUCAUCAAAGCUUACAAUUCAAUGUUCUCCAUUUAUCUCAGAUUCUGAGACUAAGAAUUAACCUUUUGACUUUUCUGCAGUGCUUCCAGUUUUUUGGAAAAAAAAAUGAUGAACCUGUGUGGACAUGUUAUGAUAUAUCUCUGUGGCAGUCAGACCACCAUGUCCAUCUGGCUUACCACUGCAUCACAAAAAUUAUUCAAUCAUUUGAAUGCCUCCUUCAUUUCUCAAUGGCCAGAACUGCACAGAAUAUUCAAGGCAUGGUCCGCUCAGUGCACAAUACUAUUUGAUUGAAUUCUUUUGACAUGGAUUCUAUUGUUUUGGUUACAUAAUUAAAGGUUUAGUUCUUGGCCCUCAGUUAUUUACAAUUUCUAGCAAUUAAAUUGGUAAAGAGACUGAGUGUAAUGUGUACUUAUAAUGUUUGCCAAUGAUACAAAGUUAGGUGGGGGUGUAAAAUGUGA